AUGACGAAAGAGCUUACCUUCAAGCAGUACUUAGAGUAAGUUCAUUUCCCUUUCCAUCCAACACUUCAACAAAACAUACUGACUGUACUAUCCAGGUACGUGAGAGGACCUGCAGUAAACUUCGCUGUGGGUACUGGCGAAGACAGAAAAUACCACUGUCUUCCCAAAUACAUCCUUUGUCACUACUCUAAGUACUUUGAGCGCCUCCUUACCGAGGACAACGAGGCUCACGAUGACGAGACACCUACAAUCGAGCUCCCUGACGAAAGAGUCCUUUUCUUCGACACUUUGUUUGAGUUUAUGCUCAACAAAAAGAUCAACGACUACUUCCUGGUACCAAAGGAAGAUAGGAUCCGAAGAGUAGCAGACGACGAUACCUGGAGCGAGGAACCACUUCGUUGUUACGAAAGAUACAUCGACACUUGCAUGGAAUUCCUCCUGUACGCCCAGAAGUACGAUUUGGGAGAGAUGGCAAGCGAUAUCGUUUGUCCUAGUCUGAGCAUCGUUUGA